AUGCCGGCCCAGGCGGCGAUAUCGCGAAGAUUGUGGAAGGACAGCCGCCUGUGUGCGUUUGGGGUUGGGUUUAGGGUUUUGGGUUUUGGGUUUUGGGUUUUGGGUUUUGGGUUUUGGGUUUUGGGUUUUGGGUUUUGGGUUUUGGGUUUUUUAUUUCAGUUUUCAGCAACCAGGGCCCUCAUCAUAAGGAAGGCCCUUGAUCCAAUGCGAACUGCGGGCUUUGAUGUCGAGCAUGUCGAGUCAGGGGCUAUUGGCCGCGAGUGCUUUCUUUGCCAAUGCCAAUGCCGAGGGCUUGCUGAGCCAUCGACCAUCCAGUGCCUAGAUUUUGCAGCUUCCUUCGUGAUUGCUGUUGGUUUGGACCACGAGGAAGCCGGUUGGUGCAAUGUUUGCCAGUCCCGCAGCCGCAGGCAUGUCACAUGUGUACCCGUAGCUGAAGAGCCCCCAAUUUUCUGCCCGAGCCCUUUUUGGCCCCAAAGCUGCCUUCACCUCUUGCAGGAGUUCUUGCCGAGCGAAAGGACCUGA